AUGAUUAUCCUCGAGGUAUUGGAAUGCCUCUUCCCUUCUAAUAUGGCCAUGUUGGUAUGGCGAAUGAUGAGGGGAAUGCUGGUCUUGGGGGCCUGCAAGAUGAUGUUGCUUGAGUUCUGCCCCUCACAGCAGCAUGAUUGCCUCGGAGGAUAUACCGCAAGCAAUGUCCAAUAUACCGGCACCGGCAUAACAGCUGAUCUGAAGCUGGCUGGACGUGCUUGCGAUUUCUACGGCUUCGACCUGAAAGAUCUUCGACUCACUGUCGACUAUGAGACAGAAAGUCGGGUCCACCUGAAGAUAUACGAUGUCGACGAGCAGGUAUAUCAGAUUCCCGAAUCCGUGCUUCCGCGACCUGGUGGUGCUGUCUCUGCAAGAGAUUCCGCUCUGGCAGUGCUAAUUGUUGAGAAUCCGUUUUCCUUUGCUGUAGUAAGGAAGAGUAACCAUGAAGCAAUUUUCAACACUAGCGGCUCAGACCUCAUCUUUGAGUCUCAGUACUUACGACUUCGAACCUCUCUACCGCCAAACCCAGUCCUAUAUGGGUUGGGUGAGCACACAGAUCCGAUGAUGCUUCUCACGACGGACUACACUCGAACGUUUUGGUCUCGUGAUGCUGGUAUGGUUCCGCCGGGGACGAACCUCUACGGCAAUCAUCCAGUAUAUUUUGAACACCGAGUAAAGAGCAAUGCCACCCAUGCAGUCGCCUUCAUUAACAGCAAUGGAAUGGAUAUCAAAAUUAACAACACCAAAGAGAGUGGCCAAUAUCUUGAGUAUAAUACAGUCGGCGGAAUUGUUGAUCUGUAUUUUUUGUCCGGCCCAGGGCCAAUUGAAGUGGCAAGACAGUUCACUGGAGUGUCUGGGAAGCCCGCAAUGAUGCCAUACUGGGGAUUCGGGUUUCACCAAUGCAGAUUUGGUUAUGGAAAUAUUGACAAUGUUGCUGAAGUUGUGAGGAGCUAUGCAAAGGCAAAAAUACCACUCGAGACGAUGUGGACUGAUAUCGACUACAUGGAUGGAUUCAAAGUCUUUACAUUAAAUCCAGAAAGCUUUCCUCUAGAUAAAACACGCGAGCUUGUAGAUUAUCUCCAUGCUCACGAUCAGCAUUAUGUGAUGAUGGUGGACCCAGCGGUGGCAUAUCAAGACUACCCUGCUUUCAACGAGGGAAAAGAAGAAGGCAUCUUCAUGAAAACUGCCAAUGGCUCAAUAUACCGAGGCGUCGUGUGGCCCGGAGUCACUGCAUAUCCAGAUUGGUUCCAUGACAAGGCGCAAGCAUACUGGAAUGGUCAAUUUGGUUCCUUCUUUAAUGAAAGCACUGGAGUUGAUAUAGAUGCCCUUUGGAUCGACAUGAACGAACCCUCAAAUUUCUGCGACUAUCCUUGCAAUCCUCCCGAAGAAUUUGUCACAGCGACUGAGCCGCUUGACCCGAUAAUCCCAGCGAACGUUGCCAAUGCUCAAAAGCUCAUCUCGGAAUUUGGUGUCGACUCUCGCCAUUCAGAGCGCGGUAUCUCAAAGCGCGGGAAGUCUGACAAAAUGAAGGGCCUCCCUGGAAGGGAUCUCAUCAAUCCAAAAUAUUCUAUUUCAAACCUCGGAGGAUCUCUUAGCAAUCACACAGUCCCUACCGACCUCAUCCAUGCCAACGGUCUUGCUGAAUACGAUACCCACAACCUCUAUGGAACAAUGAUGAGUGCGACUUCUCGGGGAGCCAUGUUGUCACGCCGACCCACAAAACGGCCACUGAUCAUCACAAGAAGUACUUUCAUGGGAGCAGGUGCGAAAGUAGGUCACUGGCUUGGAGAUAAUGUGUCGGACUGGGGAAACUAUCGAAGGUCGAUCCGUCACAUGCUGCAAUUCGCAUCCUUCUUUCAAGUUCCGAUGGUUGGAGCCGACGUUUGCGGAUUUGUCGGAGAUACAACGGAGACUCUCUGUGCUCGAUGGGCAACUUUGGGAGCUUUCUACACCUUCUACCGCAACCACAAUAACCCUUGGCCAGCCGUAGGACAAGAAUUCUAUCAAUGGCCCAUGGUUGCCGAGGCUGCUCGGAACGCCAUCAACACUCGGUAUCGACUCUUGGAUUACAUAUACACAGCCUUUCACAAACAAACAGCAGAUGGCACACCAGUCCUGUUACCAAUGAUAUUCCUCUACCCCUCCGACCCAGAAACUUUCCCCAUCCACCUCCAAUACUUCUACGGCCCCUCCCUUUUAAUCUCACCCGUUACCGAAAAAGGCUCCACGGAAGUCACAAUAUACCUCCCCUCUGACCAAUUCUACGAUUUCCACACCCUAAAGCCAAUUUCUGGCAACGGGUCAUACAUCACCCUCACCAAUAUCUCAUACACCGAGAUCCCAGUGCACAUCCGCGGCGGCUCAAUCCUCCCCCUUCGCGUCCGUGGCGCAAAUACCACCACAGCGCUGCGGAAACUGGAUUUCGAGCUCCUUGUUGCACCAGAUGGGCAUGGGCAGGCGAGAGGGGAGUUGUAUCUGGAUGAUGGGGAGAGUUUAGUGCAAGAGGCGACGUCUGAGAUCGAGUUUUGGUUCGAUGGGAAGAUGAAAGUUCUGGAGAUGAAUGGGACGUUUGGCUAUAAUGCAGGUGUUAGAAUAGGGAACCUGACGAUUUUAGGGGAGAAGGGCCCGGUGAUUUGUGUAUUGAAUAAAACGUUAAAAGGCGGCUUUACUGUCGAUAUCAAGGAGAAGUGCGCUUCUGUGUGAAGCGACGGGGAAGUUUUAAAUACAGAAUAAAAGAUUUUCCUGGAACGCGCAGGUCAUAUGGAGCAGCCCCCGGGCUAAGCGGCCGUCAGCUAUCUCUGUUUCC